AAACAGACAGGAAUAUUAGGCGUAUACAACUAAUCUAAAACCUAAGUUUUAUUUCCCAAGUUAGUGUAUUUUAAAAUUAAUUCAAAAUGGCGGACGACGACAUUGAAACGAAUCCUGUAGCUGUACCCGAAGAAGACGAUAGUUUGGAUUCUUUCUUCAAGAAAAAAGAUAAAAAGGGAAAGAAGAAGAAAAAAUCUAAGAAAGUUGAAUCCGAAGAAAUAGGGGAGAAGUUGAAGAAAAAGGAACCAGAAAGUGAGAGUGAAGUAAAAGAAGUUACGGGAACGCAACCAGUGGAGCAGGAGGAAUGGAUCGACUUUGAAGAUGAAUCACAGCGAGAUUACAGCGAUCUUAAAAUACAAAACUUACAAAUUGUUGAAACUGAGGAAACGGUCCCAGUUGACGUCCCAGAAUAUAACGAAGCAGGCGAGUUACUUCCUCCCAAACAAGAGGAAGGACCUUGGAAUAAAAACCAACCAUCGGCAAUCGAAGUGAUCCAAAAACCCGCUGAACCGGAACCUUCCAAAGAAGAAGCCCCAAAAGUUGGUGUUUACCGACCACCAAAAGCUAGAUUAUCGAGUAGUGGUACCACCCCAUUAAGACGAUCACGCAAGCAACAAGCCCCAGAGAUAAAUAAUGAAAUGCAAUUUCCUUCUCUAGCAGCGGCCGCGCAGGAUAAUGUACCACACGAAGGAUUUGAAGUCGUCAAAACAGGAGUGAAGUCGUCAACCCCAUGGAGAGGGAGACACCAAACACAAUCGGCCGAUAUCAAACUUGGAAACCAAUUUUCUGCGUUAAACGCUGGUCACUAGUGGCACUAUGGAGCUGUACUAAGACUUCAUGUUUAUAGGAUUUCUAUGCUUGCUUAUUAUCGUGUUUUAUUCCAAAGUAUGUUCAAUUGUACAGUUGAUCGCCGAACUGUGUCUUGGCAUAUACGUUGGUUUGUUCCCUUUGGUGUGGGCACGUCAAGAUAAUUGCGCGCUGUUUAUUGUCCGGAAGCUUUGUUUAUAACAAUAGGUAAUUAUGACGUAGAUGUCGGUGCGAUUGUUAUCGUGGAUUUUCAUUUUCUGUGAAAUAAAGAUGGCGGAACCUG